AUGCAUGUAGUAUCACAGGUGACUGACAGAGCUGUCGUUCCAAUAGAUGUACCUGUUACACCCGUUCCAGCAGAGCCUUCUCCAUCCAUUCUAGUCGAAGGGUCUUCUCCAUCCGUUCUAGUUGAGGGGCCUUCUCCAUCUACUACUUCAUCACGGAGGCCUCGGGAUGAUGCUGAGGGUUUCUCACAGAUGCCCUCCACGCGCAGACGUCGACGGGGCAGUUCUUUUACUUUUGUGUUUGUGCUAGUGACGGUCGAUACAAGAUCUUCGAUGCCGGAGCCUGUCUGGUAUCCGGGGGGUCCUAUAGAAGCAUCCCUGUUGACAGAGUAUGCAAAUCAUUCAGCCAGGCAUAUCUGGGAGAGAGAGGAUAGGGAACCCCAGAAGUUCUACAACCACGGUCGGAAGAUUGCCGCUCUCACGCAGCCUGGCGAGGCAUGGUUCCAGGAUGUCCUCACAACUUCUGGGCCGAGGGACCUCUGUCAGUAUUGUAUCGAGGAGGAGGUUGAGGGGACUGGCAGGGCGCAUGUCAAGUUUCACUUCUUGAGGCAACAAUACGAUGUCGAGCUCCUUGCGGCACAUGCUGUUGCUGGUGACGAUGAUGAGGUGGAUAUACACAAGCUGCGAGCGCUGAGAUGUUACUUUCUAUAUUUGUCAGGCACCCAAUUGUUUGUGGACACAAGCUCGUCGUACAUAGACGUCGUUUAUCCGACGUACUUAUCGGAUACCGCAUGUGUCCGGGAGUACAACUGGGGAGCGGCUACACUGGCGUACACCUACCACAGACUCGGAGAGGAAUGCCUUUGGAAGGAAAGGAUUGGUUGGAUACUGCAACACUUCCCAGGCAUUAUUGGCUGGGGAGAGGUAUCGGGUUACACAGAGGCCAUGCCGCGUGAUAGAGCCUUCGUCCCCUUCAGAGGGAACCAGGGGCCGAAUCCUUAUAAGCGUUGUCUUGACCGCAUGUUUGUUGGGGAUGUCCGAUAUGACUACUAUGAUGUUCACCGUGAGACAGUUCCGUGGGAUGACUUCGCCAUAUAUUCUGGAUGGUUGGCUGCCAGUUCGACCAUUAUUGUUCGUUAUCUUCUGGAGCGUGUCAUGCGUCAGGUUGGCUACCAGCAGACGAUACCUCGACCCUCUUCUGACUUUGUUCCUAUCGCCGUGACCCGUCGACAACUAGAUGAUUCUUUGCAGAAUGGGAGCAUCACAUGGUUCCGGACGAGGCUCAGGCGACCAGAUCAAAGGUAG